AUGGCGCAACGCGAGGAAAAAAUCGAGUUUUCUGCCGGCCAGAGCAUCCAGGGGCCAUCAGAAACCCCUGAGAAAGGCUCGCUCACAACAGAAGAGCAGACGGACAUCGGGAAUGAUGAUCUGACGGGCAACGAUCCUCCCAGAAAAGGCCCCAAGAAACGCACAAAGACAGGGUGUUUGACCUGUCGCAAGCGUCGGAUCAAGUGCGGCGAAGAGAAGCCCAUCUGCAACAAUUGCGUCAAAUCCAAGCGAGAAUGUGAGGGAUAUGCUCCGCGGGUCAUCUUCAAAAACCCGAUAGGAAUCUAUGGAGGCUUUAGGGCAGGUUCAGCGUCCAGCACGCAGAUGCAACCGAUCCCGUUGAAGGUUCCCAUCAGUCCGAAUUACGGAGAUCAGCCCUCUCAGCCUCAACAGAGACCAGCGGCUGGUUUACGGCAACCGACCAUUGCUCCACGGCCGAUUAUUCCAUCCAUGAGCAUCCAACCGUUUGAUCGAGGAGACCAGGGGACUACGGCAACAGCUUCCUUUCACUAUCCUCUAGUACAUACCUUUCGGCCGUACGCUUCCGUACCUAGUCCUCCUGCCAAAGAUGCUUCACCCUCUUCAUUUCAGUCGGUCCUUAACCACGACAACGUGCAGCCACAACUGGGUUCCGAACAAAGCACAAAUCCUUUGCACUGGCAUGAGGCUCCUCUCCCGAGUCUGCAGCCGUUUCAGUACCAUGCUGCAGAUCAAAUCCUUCGACAGAACUCGGGUGCCGUUCAUUCCAUUCCUAUUGUCAGUCUGGAAAGCGAGUAUGCUACAGCGUUAUCUCAAGGGCUUCCGGGCCCAUUGUUGCCUCCGCCGCCACAGUCUCCAUGGCAGUUCCCUCCUAUCAACAACCCACCACCCAGAGAUGAACGAGCUCUUCUGCAAGCAUACACAGGCCACGUUCCCUUUUCUCCAGCCUCCCAUGACACAUAUGUGGAUCUGGAAAGUGACGAAUACUACGACGUUGAGUCUGAUGCCGAAGCGGCGGAACGAACUGAAGCAGAGAAAUUUAAUCAUCUGAGUCUGAUUAUGAGAUCGGCCACCUCGGACGAACCACAAUUACGGUCUUUCACAGUUCACCUCGAUGAGCCCAACAUUCUUGCCUCAUAUCGACCCACGUUGGGCUCCUCCCCCCUGAACAACCCCAAGACAGCCCGCAUCUUCGUGCAUUUUCUCCAGUCCACGGGUCCAUCAUUGUCCAUCUUCGAGCGUCAUCCAAGUGACUCUUCUGUGAUUCUGGGCGCCCCCGUUCCCACAACGCGGCAGGGACUCUGGACUUACACCAUGCCCCUCAAGGCCCUGGAGCACCAGGCUUUGCUCCAAGCCAUCCUUGCCAUCAGCAGCCUACACAUUGCAAUGCUGCAGCAAGGACCACAAACUGUCUCCAUGAAACACUACCAUUUUGCGCUCAAGAAGGUGGGCGCAGCUGUAGGCCUGCCUACACGACGCAAGCAGAUUGGUACCCUGGCAGCUACCCUCGUCUUGGGAUAUUACGAGGUGCUGGCGGCCGAUCAUUUUAAAUGGAACAGCCAUGUGGCAGGCUCCGCCCAGUUAGUCCGCGAGAUCGAUUUUGCUGGUUUGACGCGAGAUCUCCGGGCCCAGCGACGUCGAGUCCGGGCCCAACGAGAGCAAAGGGCUCAAGAGAGGUCAUUUUUUGGUUCUAAUUUCAUCAGCUACCCGUCAGAAGAUGAUCCUUUUGCUGAAAAGGAGGCCACUGUCGACGAGAAUGUCGUUGGCUCUAUAAUGGGCCGAGCGGUGAAUUAUGACAAUUUCGGCCAAGUUGACGAUGGCUCAACCCAGUCACCACCACAGAAGCACUUCACAAGAAAAGACAUUGAUGACUACCGAAUUCAAUGCGACCUUUAUUGGUGGUACUGUAAGCAAGAUAUGAUUCAGAGCUUGAUCAGCGGGAACCGCCUCUUUACGCCUUAUCAUCAAUGGGGGCAAUGUCCUCCUCGUGCCGGCAUCGGGCAUCUGGACGCUAUUUACGGUUCUUCAGACCAUCUCAUCCUCCUCCUUGCACGUCUCACAGACUUUGGAUAUCGGGACCGUAGCCGCAAGCUCCGAUUGGCGAAGAAGACCGGGGUAGAAUGGAGACCAGGGCCUGCCCUAUUCAGAUAUAUGGCCCGCUUUGCGCCCGGUGGCAGGCCAUUUCCACCACAGGGGCCCCCUGGUAGUCACCAGGCACACGGAGGGCCAGUGAGACCACCGCCAGCUGGGAUGUUCGGGAUGCCGGAGUCUCAGAGAGGCACCCCCGGUAUUCGAGAGGAUAGUCCUCCCAUGUACGGAAUGAUACCGACGAGGGGGUCGGUUCAGCUACCUUCUGCCUUCCAACAGAGCGAAGACCAUGAUCGUCCCCCAGUCCCUCCCAGUAUGGGCGAGGGACAGGACCAGGAGGAUGAGGAGGCCGCGUAUACCGAAGCCGAGGACGAGUGGAAUAGCAUCCUGGCUGCUUUCGAUUCGUUCGCUGUUGCUCUCGGACGAGAUUUCCUCCCUUUACCUCCGGACAGUACGCCUCCGAUCCCAACCCCGUUUGGACCAGCGCUUCAAUAUCGCACCAACACGAUCGCGGUGGUGUGGGGGUUCUAUUACGCAGGGCGUAUUAUCCUACACCGACUCCAUCCUUCGAUGCCUCCAGCAAUGAUGGUUGCCUCGGGCGUUGUGGCCGGCGUAACGGCCGGAUAUGCCCAGAUCAUUGGCAAGAUUCUUGCAGGAAUCUACUAUCCCCAGCGGUACAAUCUAGAAAUCGGAACUUUGAGCCCAACAAUAGGCACCUCGCUGACAGAGAUGACGGUCCCGAUUUUCUUUGCGGCUGUGCAGUAUACGGAUGCCGCACAGCGGGCCUGGACCAUCUCCAUCCUCCGAGACAUCUCGCGUCUCACGGGAUGGCGGUCCUCUCAUGCGAUCGCCGCCGGAUGUGAAAACGCCUGGGUAGUCGCUGCCAGGAAAGGACGAGGGCCACCGUAUCAACCUACUGAGCAAGACGGAUUACUGCAAUCCUCUCAAAGGGAUACAGUUUUUCAACGAGGUCGGAACGAUCCCUCUGUCGCCGAAAACUCGGAGCGCCGGUUCAUUGCGGUCAGUCGGUCGAUGCGUCUACACUGGGCGAUGGGAAUAUUGAGUCUGGAAGAUGACAUUCUCUCUCUAGAUAUGGAUGAUCGAUGA